AUGACACUGUACGAGUUUGGAACGAGGUAUGCUUCUUUUUUCGCUAAUUUGUUAGCGGUGGAAGCAUCUUCCCCACAGCGCGCAAUUAAAUUAGGCAGUAAGUACAACACUAUACAAAAAAUAAUGGAAAUGAGAAUGGAUGGAAAUAAUCAUACAAUGGCAACAAGACGCGAAUGCUUUGCUGGUUUUCUUGUAUUUUUCGGCACGUUGGCCGCUUUUCCGGCGUUAUCUUCUUUGGUCGAAACAACAGCGAAAAAUGUUAUUUGGAGAAAUUAUUUCACAUCAGUUGCUUGCUUCUUGCUGUUCAACUGCGGCGACGCGUUGGGUCGUUUGCUUGUGAAUUUCACCAUCCCAGGUGAGAAAAGCCUGUUGACUUUAUCGUUGCUGCGAUUGCUGCUCAUCCCCAUAUUUUUCUUUUGCAACAUAAAUCCUCGUUAUCAUUCGGCGACAUUCUUCCACAGCGAUAAAGCAUUCAUCGCCACAAUGAUCUUAUUCUCCAUUUCAAAUGGUUUCCUUUUCACGGCGACGACCAUCAGUGCAACGCGGUUGCAGCAUCAAGAUCCUUUUAUUCCGUACGACCAAAUCUUCUGUCUGAUUAUGCUAGUAUUAAGCACGAGUCCACCCGAAGCAUCCUUUCUUCAGUCUACUGGGAAUGGAAAAGAGACGGGCAAUUCAUUCGGCUAUAUCGGCGUCAGUCGAUGGACUGGCUGCCACAUACUAUGGUGUAAUGAGUACUUAGAGGACCAAGGUGGAUGA